UACGUGAAGUAAUAGUUAACGAAAUGAAUAACAAUUCACUUAAAUUAAAAGUUAAUCAAAUCUUUUUAAAUGAAGACCUUCCUAAUGUUUGCUUCACUGAUAACUGUCAUAUAUGUGGAAGUGAUAAGGAAUUGUGGUUGGUUGAAGGUAAAUCAAUUUUUGUUGACCCAACAAAUAUAGAACAAUGCAUCAAUAUUUGGUUAUGUGAUAUACUGAAACCUUCAGAGUAUAAAUAUUAUAUCAAAGAAAUUGUAUAUCAUUUCAAUGGUAGAUGGAAGUGGGUUGGUUGUAUUACAGCUGACCUGCCACAGGAGAAUGACUUGGCUGAUCAAACAGAAGAAAGAUUCACAAAAAUUAAAAGUCAACAUUCAAAGGCAGAAAGGGAAUAUCUAAAAGUCGAGUAUAGGUUGGUGAAGCCAGGACCAUUAAGGAUACUUAAAUGGGAUCAGCAUAUUCAAAUGCCACAAGAUGCAUAUCAUUCUAUGGCUGGAAAAGCAUAUACCCUUUUAGAG